UCUUCCAUCAAAAUACCCCACAAAAAAUUUCUCUAAUUGUUUUCAAAUCAAGAAAUCCACCCUCUCAACAUAUAUAUAACACAUUACACAAUUCUCCAUCCACAACAUUUAGAAAAUUGAACCAAAAAACCCCUCCAAGAAAAGAAAAAAAAAAUGGAACACAUUUUCUUGAUCUUGUUCUUUCUCUUCUUGAAAUGCAUUGGCAUUUUGGCUCAGGCACCGGCUCCGGCUCCAGGUCCACCACCUCCAUUAAACGUGACAAAGAUCCUCGAAAAAGCAGGCCAAAGUUCGACAUUCAUCCGUCUACUACAGAACACACAACAGCUCAAUGAAAUCACCUCACAGCUCAACAACUCAAACAAUGGAAUCACUAUAUUUGUGCCAACAGACAAUGCAUUCUUGAACAUGAAAGCAGGCUCAUUGAACUCAUUCACUGAUCAACAAAAAGCUGAACUUAUCCAAUUCCAUAUCCUCCCUUCAUACUAUUCACUCACACAAUUCCAAACUGCUAGCAACCCUUUAAGAACACAAGCUGGAGGAACAAGCAAUAGAGAGUUUCCCAUAAAUAUAACGACAACAGGUAGUUCAGUUAACAUUACAACAGGCAUUGUCAAUGCAAGUGUUUCAAACACUAUAUAUACUGAUAAUCAAUUGGCUAUAUAUCAAGUGGACAAAGUUCUUCUUCCUUUACAAUUCUUUGUCCCUCCAGCACCACCACCACCACCACCUACGUCUUUAACACCGAAAAAGAAAGCAGGUGCCUCUACCUCCUCUACUGAACAAGAUGCUUCUUCUGCAACUUCUUCGUUUCAAGAAAUGUAUAAAGGGGUGAUCUACAAAGGAGGGAUUUUGCUUUUCUUCUUUUAUGCUGCAUUUUUUUCGAGUUUAUAAGUAUGAUCAUGUUAGUAUUUGAGUGCAAUGUAUGCUUGUGAUUCUUUACCUACAUUUCAUUGGAAUUGAAUUUUGAGUGUUAAAAUUGA